AUGGGGGCAGUGAGGAUGUGGGGUACAGCCUUUCAUACCCCAAUGCCCAUGGCUUUCCUUUUCCUGCUUCUGGAGCUGCCGUCCAGUGGGGCUCUGGUCCGGGCAGUGGCCAAUGACAAUGCCAGCGUUGUGGACUUCAGCGAUGCACCUGCUCUGUUUGGGGCUCCCCUGUCCAAGGAUGGUGUCCGGGGAUACCUGAUUGAAGCCCAGCCCCCCAAUGCCUGCCAGCCUGUCGUGAGCCCCACGCUAUCCAAUCACUCCUUUGGCUCCAUUGCUCUGGUUCGCCGCUUUGAUUGCACCUUUGACCUCAAGGUCCUCCAUGCCCAGCAGGCUGGUUACAAGGCAGUUAUCGUGCACAAUGUCCACUCCAACGACUUGGUCAACAUGGUGCAUGUGUACGAUGACAUCCGACAGCAGAUCGAGAUCCCGUCGGUGUUUGUCAGCGAGGCCACCUCCAAGGACCUCCGCGUCAUCCUGUGCGGCAACAAGGGCGCUCACGUCCUCCUCUUGCCCAACCAUCACCAGUACCCUGAGGUGGACUGCCAUCCCGCCCUGUCCAUCUCCUGGGUGCUGGGCCGCAUGAUGACUCUGCUCAUCGUCACCCUGAUCAUCACCAGGAAGGUCUGGCUCUACUGCUGGCAGUGGCGGGAGCAGAGCGUUGUGACUAAGACCCCCAUCCGGAAGAAGACGCUCGUGCACCCCUUCCCGCGCCAAAACGAUGUCUGUGCCAUCUGCCUGGAUGAAUAUGAGGAAGGGGAUCAGCUGAGGGUCCUCCCUUGUACUCACAUGUACCAUUACAAAUGCAUCAACCCCUGGUUCUCCCAGGCCCUCUGCAGGUCCUGCCCAGUCUGCAAACAACCCGUGAUCGGUGCUGAGGAAGGCUCUGAUUCCAACCCAGACAGCCUCAGUGAAGAUGAGUCGACCCGGUCACAGCUAAACCAAUGGGCGACAGAAAUGUUGACUCUGGUCCGGCAGGCGCCACCUCACACACAUAGCUCCAGUCACAGAGGGGAAGACUCAGAGGCCGAGGGGGAACCUCAGAGGGAGUCCUCCGUACCCUGA